GUCUUGAUGAGAAAGCACUUGAAGUCGGAUUUGUACAGCCGUGCUUACAUAAGUACAGUGCUAGCCUUCUAUGGUAUGGUACGAUGCGAGCAAAUAAUCCGCUCAUAAGCAAAAUCCAAUGCCGAAUGAAAACCUAAGAGCAGCAUCGACAUGCAGGAUUUCCAAGUACUGGAGUCUUGCCGUUGUACAGCAAUCAUUUUCCUGAUUCUCAACGUCUUCAAUCACGGUAUCACAAUGUUUUCGGAUAUUGAGAUUCUUAGGGGUUUCAAGAGAUUUCCCGAUAGAUAUUCAUCCUCCUGCCGAUGUAUCGGGGAAACGAGUUCCUUGGGUCAUCCAGCAUAAUAGACAUUUCGAUACAUGAGGCUCCGAGAUCAAGGUAGACAAAUUUCAAUACUUCACUUGAUAUCACGACUUUCGAUUGGUGGUAAAUUGAUUUUACCCAUUCCUGGCGAAUUAGCAUCUCUCGUGCGUCUUCUUCCCUACAAACAAGUGUCUGUAGGUCGCACAAACCUUGAUAUUUGCUCACCUUACAUGCAUGCAGUCUUAUGGCUUACAAGACCGCAUCGCAAUCUCAGCUUCUGAUCUCUUUCCUGAAUUGUCUCAUACAUUGAGCCAAAAGGUGAUUAAAGAAGAUUUUCUCAUCUACAAUAUCCCGAAUCAUGAGGGAAAUUAUUGUCCAUCCCAGUCCUGAAAUCUUGACUGAGAUCACUGAAGUAGAAAUUCCACAGCCUGGGCCCGACGAUGUAGUGAUCAAAGUUAUCGUUGCGGGGAGUAAUUUCAAAGAUUGGCUCCAUCUCAAGGCAUUGGAGAAAUCACUCAACAGUGGAGAUGAAAUCGCUGGCGUUCUUCAUUCCAUUGGUACGAAUGUGCAAACAAAGAACGACCAUUAUCUCGGAGACCGUGUUGCUGCCUUUCAUCCGAUGAUGGAACCACAUGGAGCUUACGCCGAAUAUGCUGUUGCGCCGAUUUAUACUGUAAUGAAACUUCCAGACGCAAUAACCUUUGAAGAAGCUGCGACCAUUCCGCUAGUUGCUACCACGGCGGCACUUUCUCUAUUUCGCCGUCAGCAUCUGCCGCCUCCAUGGUCACCAAGGGCUGAUAGUGUGCCUCUUCAGCUCAUCAUCUAUGGUGCAUCUUCUUCUCUUGGUACAUUUGCAAUCAAAUUAGCUCGUGCCUCAAACAUCCACCCAAUUAUUGCUAUCGCAGGAAGCAGCUCUUGGCAUUUGCAUUCCCUUCUUGAUCCAUCUUCUGGUGACAAGCUAAUCGAUUAUCGCUUGGGCACUGAACAAAUGAUCAAAGCCACUAAAGUGGCCUUAGGAAGUGUGGAGUAUCACCAUGCUCUUGAUGCCAUCAGCUCAAAUGGCACAUGGAUCCCGAUCUCCCAUAUGUUAACUCCGUCAUUUUCCUCGCAGUCGCCAUCUUACUUAUCAGUCGUCACAGGCUCUAAUAAGUACGAUGAAGAAUCGAUUCAGUCGGGAAUUGAAGUAGUAUACACCAUGGUAGGCACAGCACAUACGGGCGUCUAUAAACCAGACAUGGUUAAACAACCAUCCGAUAAAGAAUUUGUGAAGGGUGAUCCAGAGUAG